AUGGCGAUUGAAGAUCCUCUUACAGAGGAGAGAGAGGAGAAGAUGGUAUCUUCAAGCGGUGAGUAUACAACACUCAGAAUUGGAAGAUUCCUCAAGCCUUGUGCUGAUUGUCCUGUACAAGCAGCAUCACUACCUCACGCUCCCCUCUUAUCUGAAACAAUGUCUCAAAAUCAUACAAAAUGGCCUUUAGAGGUUCGAUUCAAGGGUUGCUACCUGCAACAGAGAAAGUGGAAAGAAUUGGUUGAUCGUUUGGCAAGGAAACAUGAAUUUAUAUGGAAAAAAGCAGGUAUUUACCAUGCAAUCCUAAGUUCCACAUAUCCUAUCCAAAUAGAUCGGGAACUACUUCUUGGGCUCUCAGAAUUUUGGUGUUCAGGCACCAACACCUUUGUAUUUCCAUGGGGAGAAGCCACAAUGACAUUAGAGGAUAUAUUGGUUCUUGGUGGAUUCUCUAUAGAGGAGAAAUUGAUUGCAGAGCACAAACAGUUCAGUCGAAGCAGAGCUAAAAAGGCUGAACAGUCAGCUUGGAUCAACCGAUUCAUGAGUAACGAGGCAGAGGGAGAGACAGAGGAGCUAGAACACGUAGCACUUCUGGUGUUGCGGUUGUCUAGGUUUUGUUUCCCUUCUCACCCGGGAAAAGUAAUAGGGAAACAUGUAUUCUCUGUCGCCGUUCACUUGUCCCAAGGAACUCGUCUGGCUCUUGCACCUGCAAUUCUCGCCAGUCUUUACAAAGACCUUCGGUUCAUCCAUGAGCAGCUUCCACAUGUGAAGUCUAUGCUUAAACAGAUUGAGAAUUUUGAAUGGCGGCCUUAUGUGUCUACUGUUAACAACUGGUCAUGUCCUUCUUUCUACAAAGAGAGGGAAGAGCUACUAAACAAUGGUUCUCACCUCGAAGAUGAUGAACUACAGGCCUUUGUUCGUUGCUUAAGGAGCUGUGAACUUGUUGGGUUGGAUUGUGUGGAACAGUAUCUACCGCACCGGGUGGCGAGACAGUUUGGGAUUGAUCAAGAUCUUCCCGGACAUUUCCCCCGAGUUAAUUCAGACAGGAAAAUUGCUUGGGGUAGCUAUGAUCACAAUGUGAGGGACCCAAGGCCUUACAUUCGCUCCAGAUUUAUAGAGACAAAUUUCACACAGAGAUAUGUUAAUUGGUGGAAGGAAUGUAUGGUAGUCCCCAGAGAGGCGAUCAAGGAUCUCUUGGAGAAAAGAGAGAGGAAGAAGAAGAAUUUCGAGGUUAAUGAAGCUUGGAAAGAUGAGGAACAGAGUAAUCGUGACAGAUGGGGUGAUCAUCCACUGGGAUUUGCUCCCAAAAAAACCAAUUUCAUAAGGGAGAAGCAUUCUGAUGUUGGGGAGGACACCGGACAUUAUGAGUCCAUUGAGGCACAAAGGAAAAGAAAAAGUGGAUCAGCAAAGACCCAGAAACCUGGUGAUGGUAAGAGGAAGAAGACUUCCCGAACAAGUAAAUUGUCCAAUUCCAAAGCAUUGCUGCUGGUUGAAGAGAAACCAGAAAGCCAAAAAGAAGAAGAAAAUUCGAAGGAACUUAUGCCCAUUUGGAAUGAUACUGAUCACCAAUUUGAUGAGGAAGAUGAGGAGGACGAUGAUUAUACGCCCAUUGCAGAACUAAGGAAAAGAAGAAGUGGAUCAGUUAAGACCAAGGAACCUGGUAAUGGUAAGUGGGAGAUGACUGCCCAACCAAUUAGUUUCUAUAACUCAAAAGGCAUUGGUGCAGAUUGA